ACAGAACAAUCCGCAGAAGAAGAAGAGGAGGCGGAGGCUGCUGUCAGUGAAGUGAGAAUCUAGUCUCAGUGUUAAUUUUCCUCCUGAAUCUGUUUUUUUAGUAUCUGUAAACAGUUAAUAACCCUCUGUUUCUGUUUUAAAGUAAAGGACGUGUUUCUGUCUAAGUUAGCCUCUGUGAUGCUAACGCUGACGGUCCUGCAGUUAGCCUCUCCCGCUAGCUCUGAAGGUAAAUAUGCGUCCAUUAUCGGACACGCCCUCUGUCUGUCUGUGAGGUUUAUUAUUAUUAUUAUUAUUAUUAUUUAUAUAUUUACACUUUAAUCAACAUACUCAGCCUCUUUUUAAUGGAUCUUCACAUUAACAGUCUUUUAGACAUGUUAACAGCUUUGUUAUUGUGAUUAUUAUGUCCGCUCAUUUCUCGGUCCGGGUCAGAUCUGAACCCAGAGAAGACCCAGGUCUGUGACCCGGUUCCGAGAUGAACAGAAUCGGGUCUAAAGCGGAGGUCAGGGUGCUGCAGCUGUACUGAGUGUUUCCUCUGUAAACUAACAGAACAGGAAUGAAGGUUUGAUCAGGAUCAGGUCUGUAAAAGAUUCAGUUUCAGGUGUUUUUUUUUAAUAAGAAGAUACUGAUACCAGGUCUCUACCAGACAAACUUCUUUACCACAGAGGGUCAGGACCAUAUUAAGAAGAAAAAAAUAAAGACUUUGUAAAUUCUUACAAGAAUUAGGUCAAAAUAAAGAUAUUACUUAAGGGAAUAAAGUCGAAAUAAAAUCAUUACGAGAAUAAAGUUGUAAUAAAGUAAUUAAUCACAGGAAUAAAGUCGUAAUAAAAUUGUUACGAAAAUAAAGUCGUAAUAGAAUUAUUACUCACAAAAAUAGUUUUAUUACGACUUCAUUCGCAUAAGUAAUGACUAUCCUACGACUUUAUUCUUGUAGGAAAUGAUUUUAUUACGAUUUUGUUCUCAUAAAUAAUUACGAAGUCUUUCUUCUUACUGUGGCGCUAAUAUUCCGUCGUAAUUCUAGCAAGUAAUGAUUUUAUUACGACUGAAUUCUUGUUUGUAAUGUUUUUCCUAUGACAUUAUUCUCAUUAGAAAUGUUUUUUUUCAAAUUUAUUCUCUUUAGAAAUUAUUUUAUUACGACUUUAUUCUCAUAAAAAUGAUUUAAAUACAACUGUAUUCUUAUAAGAAAUGAUUUUAUUACGAUUUUAUUCUUCUAAGUAAUUAUGAAGUCCUUAAUUUUUUUUCUUCUUCAUGUAACCCUACCACUCCAUCGUAAUUCUCACAAGAAAUUAUUUUAUUUUAACUUAAUUCUUGUAAGUAAUUACAAAGUCUUAAUCUUUUAGUCUUCUUAAUGUGGUCCUUAUACUACGUCGUAAUUCUCGUGAGUAAUGAUUUUAUUAUGACUUUUUUCUAGUUAGUUACGACUUUAUUCUCGAAGUCUUAAUUUCUUUGUUUCUUAAUCUGGCCCUAACGCUCCAUCGUAGAUGUGAACCUGAGACAGUGGGAAAUAAAACGUCUUCUAAUCUGAACUGUAGCAGGAGAAAAAAGGUCGCCCCAAAGCCAACGCCUCCUGCAUGCCUGUCAUCCUUUGGGCUCUGCUCAUUGUCCCGGAUAAAUACGGCGAAAAUGGCGGACACUGGCGUUAUUGUUGAGGACGAAUAGAGAGAUCGUUUUAAAAGUGAAGAUGUUUCGGUUCGUUUUCAUUCUGGUUUCACAGUGUCAAGAAAAGAGGAAAUAAACCCAAAACCUCUCUCGAAACCGCCAGACUGCAGGAUACGAGAAACACGUGAAGUUACUCGGCAAUUUAUCAGGAAACAUGUCGAGAAAAGUAUCCUGGACAGGUCAUGUGACUCUAAACAAAGUGUUUACAGUCUCCAUGACAGAGUGAACGCUCCAAAAACACGAUCGAUCGUCCUCUGAAUGACGACCAAAGACUCUCAAACAUUUUCUGUGGUCGCCAACGGACGAUUUAGAAGGUUCGUAAAGACGCUGGAGCCGAAGUCUAAACUCUAUCAUGGCCGUACUUUAGCCAAAGACUAUCAGCAGCUCUCUACACAGAAGUUACCAGGGUCCGACACGGGUCCUGAAAAACCAGCAUCUGUUGACCCCUGAUAUUACCCAGAGCCUCCAGCAGCUGACGGAGACGUGUUUUUAUAAUCUCAUCUCUUCUUUUGUCCUUUUUUCAACAGUGUGAUAGUUGGUGUGGACUUAUCUUAGUCACGACCUUCACCUGCACUUCUGUUUGUCACCAGGUCCUCCUCUGCUGUGGAGACACAAUCAUUGAGGUUGCCAUGGCGAACAACAAACCAGAUACCUUGGACCAAACGUUCUCUGCUGAUAAAGAUGCAACCAAACCUACCGGGCGAAGGUCGCGCCGCAGAGCCACCUCCACUAUCGUCAGGAGAAGUCAGAAGAGGAAGAGACGUGGGCCGAUAGAGAAGAGGCGUGGCCUGAAUGAAAAGAGGCGGAGUCAAGAGGAAAAGAAGGAGGGUGUGACAGUUAAGAGGACUUGGAACGAUGGGAAGCGGCGGUGGGAUAAAAAACAUUACUGCGUGUUCUGUCGGAGGCCACAGGUGAAAAUCGCUCGCCACCUGCUCAGGAAACACGCCGACCAACAGGAAGUGCUGGCAGCCAGUGUGCUGCCCACUGGCUCCAAACAACGCCACCUGCUGCUGGAACACCUGCGCUGCAGGGGCAACUACAUGCACAACAUUGAGGUUUGUUUACCUGUCUGAAUGUCAGUCACGCUCAGAUCCAGUUUACAGCAAAAGCUUCCCCAUGGUCCGUCAGAUAUGAAGCUGUCGGCAGCUACUAAUACAGUAAUCAAACAGAACCCCACCACAGAACCAGACCCAUUAGAACUGAUCUGGACUGGAACAAACAGACGCUCCUGCUCGCUCGUAUCGUUCCAGUUAAAUUCAGAUAUAAUGCAGAUCAAUACUUCAGAUCAUUACAAAUGGGGCCCAGUCAAGGUGAAAGUCAAAAGCAUUGGUGCUACUGUAGAUGCCAACAGACUACCAGCAAACACAAUGUUUGCAGGACUUCUACAACGAGGAUAAAGUGACAUAGUCCAGGACCCGAGGGAGGACAGUUUAGCGAUGGCGCUACAACACGCUACAGCAGGUCCGUUUGACAAGAAACACUUCUGUUACAGACACUUGUCUUACUUUGUUAAAGCGGUUUACCUGUCCAGCAGAAAGGUUACAGGGUCACCAAGAUCCCCAAGCGUCCCCCAUGGUUUAUGUUGACCCGGCUUUUUAGCUCUUGUCCGGUCUACCUCCGUUUUAAGCGCCCGUUAUUCCUCCAGAGUCUCCGGUAUUUACUUUGUUUUCUUGCUUGUGUCGGCAGUCGUGGCCAAAGGAGGAUUCAGACAAUUUUCCGAACUUUCUGGUUGGUUUCUACUGUCCGAUAUUGUAGCACGCUAACUUUGUUUGGGCUCCUGAACGACACGGGGGAGCAGCGUCUGCCUCACGACCAAUCAGGUCAGAUGCUUCUCUAACUGAUUCCUGCCUACCCCACCUUUAAGUAGACCUUUAAAAGUGAAGCAGGUAUUUCCUCCUGAAUUCGUAGGAGCGGCGCCUGAUAACUGAAGGUUCUGCCUCCCGUACUGCUCUGAACCUUUAGGAACCAGGAUGAGGCCUAAGUCUGUUAGCCUUUCCUUUAACUGUUGAUGCCUGUCCGUCUCCUCUCAGGUCAUCAGACAGGGCAGCGGAGAGAUCGUCCCGUGGCGUCAGCCCUCAGAGGAAGUCGAUGCGAGGAACUACCUGCCCUGUCCCCUCUGCCUCGGGUUCUUCCUUCGAGCUGAUCUCUGGAAACAUCAGGCGUCCUGUAGAAAAAAAAUGAGCUCUGACCCUUCCAGAGACUCCGCCCCCUCAGGUGAAAAGACCUCUGACCCCUCUGGAGACUCUGCCUUUUUAGCAGCUCGGCCCACUGACCCCUCAGAGGACAGAAUAUGUGACUCCACAGGCGAGGAGGCGGCCUGUGACCAGGAGGAAGUCAGGAUCUCCGAGUCCACUGAGGAUACACCCUCUGACCCCUCAGCUGAACAGAACAAUGGACCUAAGGCCUCCAACACCACUGUGCAUCAGAACCUGUCCUCUGAUUCCGGGGCAGACCCACCCAGGAAGCGUAGCAGGGUCCAGGCUGCAGCGUCCCGCCUCCUUCCUAUCUCCAGCGGAGCCUCUGAGAGCUGCAGUGAAGUCCUUCACCGCAUGAACCAGGACCAUGUAUCACACCAGGUGAGUCCUCCCCCAUCACUGCUGUUUAGAUUUUGACUUUCAUACCAAGUUCAGUUUCAGGAUACAUGAUACUGAAAUGAUACCAGGAACUGAUGUGAGACAGAUUUGAUCCUUGGACCAGGGAAAGGAGGACUGUGGCCUCUGUACAUGGGGGGUCUGCUGUACCAACUGAGCCAAACUGGCUUCCCUUACAAGCGUCAUGUUAAUGUACUGUGUAAAAGACUCAAGCUGUAUAAACAGAAAUGACUGACAGGCACAUGUCCCCCUGUUUUCCUUGUCUGAUACUGCCCCCAUGUGGAGGUAGAGGUAAUAACAUGUCAUCCUCUCUGGUUAUUCUUCAGCCUCUUACAUCAAAACUACAUUUGACAAACAAAGAAAUUCUGAUACCAAACCCUCCAGAGAGAAAAGUAUAAAAAAGUUCAGAGUCCCACCUACCUGUAUCCGUGUCUCACACCUGUCCACCUGCUCUGUUUCAGGUCAAGUCCGAUUGGUUAAUUUGUAAAUAUGGAAAUAAGCUGAUGGGGAACCAAGAUGGGGGUCAGAGGAGGUACGACUACGUCAGUCAGAAGCUGAGGGAGCUCGGCAGGUUCCUACUGGCCGCCAAAUCUCUAGAUCCAGCUGUUCAGACCCUCCAGGACCUCCUGGCCCCGGGUCACCUCAGCCUGGCUCUAUCCGCAGCGAGGAAGGCGUCUGGGUACAGGUGGAGCCGUCCUCCUUUGGCGGUGAAAACCACCCUGAAAACCGUCUGUGAGAUCGCCAUUGGCGAGAGUCUGCAGGAUGGAGACUGGGAGGCUGCAGCCAAGACCACGGACUUCUACCACCUGCUGGGGAGGGAAUGGGACAAGCUGGGCCUGCAAGACCCCGACACAGGUAAGACCAGACCCAUACCUGUCUUUGAGGGGUUCAGGUCUGCUGAUCAAUGACGUUAUAUGUUUUUAAUUCAUGAAAAAUGUUGUACUCUGUUCUUACCUGCUGUUCCAGGGGGAGGAGCUAAGACAAAGAAACAAUACGUCCAAUCAGGAGGUGAGAAAGAGAGCAAAGAGCCUGAGAGUAAGUCCUGACCUUUGACCUCAACCCAAAAUUGAUCCCCCCUUUAACUGACUCCUUACCCUAACCCACUCUUGCUACCUGAUCCGUCCUGGAAACCCGAUUCGUACGGCGCAUGUGCGAAACGUAUGUCACUUCCUCUCUUCAUGUGCAGAUUUACUUCACAUCGAAAACUUGAUUUAAACUACCGAUCAAUAUCAGAAACCAGCGAUGUGACGGGCUAGCUAGCAGGAUCCUUCUCAAUUUUGACCGGAGGGACCCGGUCAAAAUUAUGGCCGGGUGCCGGCGCUCCCUGUGGCCUAAAAGGUCUCACUGUGCUGGGCAGGAACUCUUGACUUUCCGACGCUCUGCUUCAGUCGGUCCUUUCUGACUGAAGCGAGCUCGCUGAUGCUGAAGCCGUCGCAAAGAUGGCUAGUAGAGGAAGUGAGGUUCGUUUCGCACAUGUGCAGUACAAAUCGGUUUUCCAGGACGGAUCAGGUAGCGACACCCCCCACACUGACCCGCCACCUUUAAUCUAAACCAAAGCCUAACCCCCUGAAUCUUGAUCUUUGCACAAUGACCGCCUCUCUUAACUUCCUGUAGUUCCACCACAAAGCAGACUAGAAGGUUCUGUGAUGCCCCCAGAGUCCAGGCAGCAGAUCCCCCUUACCGGUGAGUUGAUCUGGAUCUAGCUGGUUCUGUGUAACAGUCCAUCAAAGACCCGGUCUGAUCCGGGACUCACCUGAACCUCCUGCCCUCUUGUCUGCAGCUCUUUCACUUCCUGCUCCGAGGAAGGUCAGACGUCGGCCGUGGUCUUCUGCGGAGAAGGAAGCGGUCUGGAGGCAGCUGGGGGUCCACGUCCUGGUCCAGUCUGUGCCAGGGAAGGAGGUCUGUCAACGCUGUUUAGACCUAGAACCGGUUCUCAGAGGACGACACUGGAAAGACAUCAAGAACCAGGUCCACAAUCAAAUCCAGAGCCAGAAGAAGCAGCAGUUUCAUGCCCAGAUGGACCUCCAUGAAGACCAGGACCAACAAGACCAAAACCAGAGGAAACAGCUGCAGUACCUGACCCAGAUGGACACACAAGACAAGGACCAGAACCAUAAGAAACACCAGCAGUACCCAAUGGACCAGCAUGACCAGGACAGCAUUCAGACUAAGAAGAAACCACAGUACCAGGUCCAUUUAGACCAACAAGACCCAGGUAACACCCAGAACCAUAAAAAACUGCAGUUCCUUACCCAGCUGGACCCCCAGGACCACCUGCAAAACCUCAAAAAGCAGCUGUGCCAUACAAGACUGGACCACCAAGACCACCUCCAGAUCCAUAAGAAACAGAUGUUCCAACUGGACCAGCAGACCCAGGAACUGCAGGCAAACCUGGACCAGAACUCUCCCUUACUUACAGGAACAUCUUUUGGACCUGAUGGGCCACAUCGGGCACCUGGACAGACCCUUCUGGAGCGAGACCCCACUAUCAACCCGUACCCUCUUCCACAUAGAACCCUGGGGCCUCAUAUGGACCAGCUACUAACCAGAACAGAGUGGACUGACCCAGCUUUGGUCCAGCACUACAGGAGUCUGGAACCAGGAGGACCAGCAGAUCCUCACUCUGGGCAUGUCCACUUUUGAAGGACAGACUCCCCCCAGUGGACUGGAGGACUAAUGACGAUACAUCGGACACAACAGUUGAUGUUUCACACGAUCUUUGACUACCUGUACAAAUUAAAGCGCACCUUUUUACCCUCCAGGCUCCAAAGAACUUGGUACCUGAGCUGUUUGGUUUCAUGACUCCGACCCAAAAAUGUCUUACAAUUUGUUAAAAAGUUAAUAAAAACAGGAAGUAUCCAAACUGCGAAUAUUUGAUUAAAAAAAAGCUUGGGCCCUUUUUU